AUGGCAAGAACUAAGCAAACCGCCCGUAAAUCCACCGGAGGAAAGGCUCCGCGAAAGCAGCUCGCCACCAAGGCUGCUCGCAAAAGCGCACCAGCGACCGGAGGAGUGAAGAAGCCUCAUCGUUACAGGCCCGGCACAGUGGCUCUCAGAGAGAUCCGUCGCUACCAGAAGUCCACUGAGCUGCUGAUCCGCAAGUUGCCUUUCCAGCGUCUGGUCAGGGAAAUUGCCCAGGACUUCAAGACCGACCUGCGCUUCCAGAGCUCUGCUGUCAUGGCUCUUCAGGAGGCCAGCGAGGCUUACCUGGUUGGUCUGUUUGAGGACACCAACCUGUGCGCCAUCCACGCCAAGAGGGUGACCAUCAUGCCCAAAGACAUCCAGCUGGCCCGUCGUAUCCGCGGGGAGCGUGCUUAAGUUGAUCCCGACAACGUCAAGAAAAACAAAAGGCUCUUUUAAGAGCCACCUA